AUGAGGUUAGCUACCAAGCAACGACAACCUGGGUCGGGCGCAAUUGCCAGCCGCUCAAAGGCCCCUCUCGAGCCAACCGCAGAGGGUCUUGCAGCGGGUGCAGCGCAGCGAAACGGAGAGGAGCUGGUAUUGUGCUGGGCAGCGCCUGCACGGUGUGACAGGGAGAUGGCAGUCAGGAAGGGGUUUGGAGACGGAGAGAAGAAGCCAAAGUCGCGUCAGACCAAACGGGAACAGGACAGGAACCAAUGCGAAAGGCGGCUCCCCAAGUCGAGUUCUAGAGACGUGGGUGUCCCCAGCCAGCGGUCCUCGUCGUCUGGUUGGCUGCGAUACAACGGCAGACGAUGA